UGAAACAUGACGAGGGUGUGUAAUACAAUACGUCGGUCCAACUUGUAUUUAUGCUCCUUUAUACAGCGGGAACGUUCAGUUUUUGUGGACGAGCAACCGAUGAUGAUGAUACGCGUGAUCCUGUGUGUCGUUGCUGUAGCAGCCGCGACGCAUGCUGCUUCCAUCGACUGCACCAAGACCCUUAUUUCCGGCGGCAUGUCCAAGAACUUCAACGAGACCGUUGCUCAUGCCAUUCACUCGAUGACAGUCCAGGGUCUCCGUAUGUUCAGCAAACACGCCUCCGAGGACAACAACGUCCCCACCGUCAACCACGACCUCAGCGGAGUGAAGCUUGUACGUCCAUACGCCCCAAAUGACCUUCUGGGUUCAGACUUCAGAACGCACAGCAUGAACACCAUCGACAAGAUCCUGUCCAAUCUCGGCAAGCCAACUGAUGGGCUUGGGGAUAACUGGUCUCCAAUAGAGAGAGUCGUACAUAACUUUCACAUGUGGGACCUAUGGACCAGGAUUCUAGACGUGUACAAGACCAUGGAGAAAACAACACCAUCGGAUUCCGUCUGUCGUUGUCUUCUGGACACAAGAAGGAACGGUAUCCAUAAGGCUGUCCAGUGGGUUGCUGACCACUACAAGACAGGGACACCCAUCACUCUCCUCAACAGAUCAAUCCCCAAACUUGCGGAUGCUGCUUCGUGGGCCAUUUGGAAAGACCGUCUUCUUCAUUACUACACCCUGCCCGCCUUGACGGACGCUGCCACCUACCUCCACUGUGUUAACACGGCCAUAUAGAGCCCUCACAAUCUGUGGACGUUUUUCUUCCAUCUGGAACAAGUAUUUGACUGAUUCAUUAUAUGUGUAAUGAACACAUGUGAUUGAUUGUUCGAAGUAUGGUUAGCAUAUUCAACGCCUGAGGUGAUUUGUUUCCAGAAUACAUCGAUUAUAUCUA